AUGAGUGCGAUUCAGGACACCAACGAGACCAACGAGCCCAUCCAGGUCCUCUUCACCAUGCACGAUGGCAUGGACCUCCUUGACUUUGCCGGCCCGCUUGAAGUUCUCACCCAUGCCCAAUACAAUCCCACUGACCCAGAAAGCAAAGCAUUCGACGUCACCUUCGCCGCCGCGCAGGAACACGUCCUGACCGCCCAGGGGGUCACAUUGACGGCGCACGUCUCAUUCAAAGAAGCACACAAACGCCUGCGGGAAUUCGACGUCCUGGUCGUCCCAGGAGGCAAGGAAAAAUGCAUGCAAGUCCUCAAGGACAAGGCCGAGCCCACACAGAUCAUCAAGGCCUUCGCCGACGCCCAGACCGCCGACCCAGGUAGAGAACGGACCGUGCUGGCCGUGGACACGGCGGCGCUCUUCCUGGCGAGCCAGGGCCUUUUGCAAGGAUUGGCGGGCACCACACACCCGGACUUCUACAUCAAAUUGGAAAAGGAGUGCCAGGACGCCGCCGCCAGGGACAUGGGCGAGCGCACCGACGUCAUGGAGGAGCGCUAUGUGGUCAACAACGCCCGCUUCGACCUGGGCGAGAACCUCGACGAAAACCCCUACGUGUUCAAGAAGAACCGUAAGGGCAGCAACGCCCGCAAAGGGUCACUGGCCAGGCGGGAGAGCAACCUGAAGCACGAGAACCUGGUGCGUCGCCAGAGCAUGAAGCUGGGCGGCAUGCGUGUCAUCACCAGCGGCGGCACCAUCAGCGGCAUCGACGCUAGCCUGUACCUCGUGAGCGCCCUGGUCAGCCACGAGACGGCCCAAGAGGUCGCCCGCGUCAUGGGAUACGAGUGGGUCAAGGGCGUUGUUGUGGACGCAAUUGAUGUCUAG